AUGAGCAGCUUCCAGCUGGAAGACUUUGUGGCGGGCUGGAUCGGAGGUGCAGCCAGUGUCAUUGUUGGCUACCCACUGGACACAGUCAAGACUCGUCUACAGGCUGGUGUGGGCUUCGGGAAUACACUCAGCUGCAUCCGCAUGGUGUACAGGAGAGAAAGUGUGUUCGGUUUCUUCAAAGGCAUGUCCUUCCCUUUGGCCAGCAUCGCUGUCUACAACUCGGUGGUGUUUGGGGUCUUUAGUAACACACAGAGGUUCCUCAGCCAGCACCACUGCGAGGAACCUGAGACCAGCCCUGGCCGCAGCCUGUCUGACUUGCUCCUGGCCAGCAUGGUGGCUGGCGUGGUCUCUGUCGGGCUGGGCGGGCCGGUGGACCUCAUCAAGAUCCGGCUACAGAUGCAGACACAGCCAUUUCAGGAAGCCAGCCUCAGUUUGAAGUCCAGGGCGAUGGCUCUUGGGGAGCAGCCAGCAUACCAGGGGCCAGUACACUGCAUCACAACCAUCGUGAGGACUGAGGGCCUGGUGGGGCUGUACCGGGGAGCCAGCGCCAUGCUGCUGAGGGACAUCCCGGGCUAUUGCCUCUACUUCAUCCCCUACGUGCUCCUAAGUGAGUGGAUCACGCCCGAGGCCUGUGUGGGCCCCAGCCCCUGUGCUGUGUGGCUGGCGGGUGGCAUGGCAGGAGCAAUUUCCUGGGGUACAGCAACUCCUAUGGAUGUCGUGAAAAGUCGACUCCAAGCCGAUGGUGUCUAUUUAAACAAAUACAGAGGUGUCCUGGACUGCAUUUCCCAGAGUUACCAGCAGGAAGGUCUUAAAGUGUUUUUCAGGGGUAUCACAGUGAACGCUGUGCGUGGCUUCCCCAUGAGCGCGGCCAUGUUCCUUGGGUAUGAGCUCUCGCUACAGGCACUCCGUGGGGACCAUGCUGUGACAAGCCCGUGA